UCUGACACAAAUAUACACAUAUGAAAUUCAUUACAGGGACAGAUAUUCAUCAAAUUCUAAAUGGAAGAAACAGCAUACUUUCAUGAGCAGAAAACAGUGAAGAUGAUGAGGAGUUCAAUCUACACCUUUCUCCAACAUUAUCAGUUCUUCACCACCAUCCCACUUCUUCUCAUACUCCCCUUUUCAGCCUCCAUUCUCCUCUCACAGGCCCUUUCCGCCUCGUCUUCAUUACUUCUUCUGACCAUUCCUGCCUGCUUUAAUUCCCUCCAAGCCACAGAAUUUUCUCCAACUUCAAAGUUCGUCACACUUUUUAAUAUGAACUUUUCUCAAACAGUUUUCUCCUCUAUUUUCAGUCUCCCUUUUGCACUUACAUCUCUUGUCAUCGCAAAAGGGCUUAUAAUCCAAGCUUUGAUAUACCAUAAAUCAUCUUUUCCAUUGCCUUUCAACUCUUUUCGACCAAUUUAUAAGCCCCUACUUGUAACUCAACUCUGCAAUUCAGUCUUCACAAUCAUUGUCAGUGCAACUGCCUUCUCUAUCUUCCUUGCUGCCCUAUAUUUCCUCGAACCAUCUCGGUUCCCUUUAAACAACCCUCUAGCCCUUCUGGUUGCCAGACUAAUUUUCUACUCCAUCCUUGCCAACGCUGGUGUAGUCUGCAAUUUAGCCUUGAUUAUUACAGAGAUGGAAAAUUGUGUAUGGUAUACAGCACUCCGCAGGGCCCUCUUACUGAGUUGGAGCAGGAGCUCGAUGACUCUCUCAGUUAAACUCCCAAUCAAUCUGGGUAUCCUUGCUAUUGAAGUCUUGUUCCGCUAUAGGGUCAUAAGAGUUUAUCACCUUCUAGGAAAGAUUGGCCCUCCUCUGGCUUUGGAGGGGCUGUUAAUUGCUUACUUGUAUUCACUCCUUAUUGUCCUUGACACUAUUGCAAGUUGCCUAUUCUUCAAGAGCUGCAAAUCAAAUUUUCCGACAGAUCAAGCAGGUAGAUAUUAUUAUCAGAUUAGGCUUGUGAAGAAAGAGAGUAGCAACAGUUGUGCAAAACUAGAGAUUAUAGAAGUACAACCAUAAAUGUCUUUAUGACCACAAAACUUCCUCAUGACCAUGCACAAUUCAUACAAACAUGGUCACAACAAAAAUUUCUGGUAUGUAAAUGUUUUGGAUUUUGAUAUGGAUAAGACUGAUAGGCUAUACUAAUUAAUUCAUGAAGCUGCAUCAUACAAAAUUGCUGCUAGGGGUGGUGUAUUAUUUUUCUUUCUCAUUGUGGGCAUCUCUUGC